AUGAAGUUUCUCGAAGGAGAUAGGAAGCUGGGAGGAUCAGGUCGGUUGAGAAUGAAGCGAUGGAUAAGUUGGGAGAGACCUUCGAUGGGGUGGGUUAAAAUUAUUUCAGAUGGGUCUCUUAAUGCGAUGUCAGGUAUGGGGACAGUGGGUGGUCUCAUAAGAGACGAGUUUGGCCAAUGGCGUGGGGGUUUUAUAAUGAACAUCUGGGUUUGCUCGAUAAUGGCCAGAGCUAUGGGUACUCUUGACGAUGUGCCAGGGGUGCAUUCAGGCCUGGUGUUGGGCAUCAAAGAAUUACUGGGUCGUCCUUGGCAAGUGAAGGUGACCCAUGUCUUCCGUGAAGUGAAAUUUGUAGUUGAUCAUUUGGCUUCCUUCGUUGCGGCUGGUUCGUUGCGAUACCAUGUUUUACAUGUCCCGCCUGAUGGGGUCCUUCAUUGGCUCCACCAUGAUAUUAUUGGCGUAGCUUAUCCGCGAGCGGUGUGCAACAUAACUCAUUAG